CUCUGGUUUACAGGUUAAUCCUACAGGGACUUUGUUACAGUUAAAGCAAGUGACACAGACAUCGCAAAGGUAUUUCUGAACUACACACACCUCACUCAUACCCAGAGUACAAGGGAUAUACAGAGCUAUGGAGAAGUAACAGCUGCAUGCAAGACCCUGCCUCAGUUUCCUCACCUCUCCUGAGAGCCCUUUGGGUCUUAGUCACUGCACCUCCAGGAGUUCAGGAUCCCUCUGUGCCCCCUCUCCUCCUGCCCAGCUUUCUCUUUGGUUCUGGGUUCCAUUAGCUAGAGACCUUCCCGACAGUAAGGAAUACAGCUUGACUGUUUUCCUGGGAGGGAGGAUGUGGUAUAUCCCAGAUUCACUGAUGGGGAAACUGAGGCACAGCAGAGAAAGUGACUUGCUCAAGGUCACAUAGUGAAUCAGUGGCAGAGCUGGAAGUAGACCUCCCAGUCCCUACUCCAGCCACUCCCAUGUGUGAGAUGCUGCCAGCCAGCAGUUUGUUCACAGGCGUGUCCCCUGUCCAUUCGUACCCCAGCUAUCCCAAGCUUUUUCCUCCAGACAGAACCUUCUGCUCUCUGACAUGACAUCUGCAGCACGGUGAGGUAGGCAGGAGCCGUGGUACCACCAGCCACCCAUCUUGUAUUCAGCCAUGUUGCCUGGUGCCAGUGACGUCUGAGGACGGCAGGGGCUGUUUCUCCCCGGUGGAGUGGGCAGCGUUAGCGGAAUGGCAGAGGGAGCUGUACUGGGGCGUGAGGUGGGAGGACUACGAGCUGGUCACCUUGCUGGGUGAUGACUGUCUGCUGCACAGGCUAGAGGCGAAAGCAGCUCCACAGGGAAGAGCGAUCAGCCUGGGACCCUGGUGGGGUGCAGGCUCAGGCUUUGCCUGUUGCAGGGUCUGAGAGCCCCACCCCCACACAAGGCAGUGAGGCUGGGUGUAGCCAUGUCCGAAGAACCGCACCCCUCAAAGGAGGGGGCAGGAUGGCACAGCGAACUGGAGCUAGGCUGUGGAACCUUUUCUCGUGGCGUCACCAGUUCAAAUCCAGGCCACCCGGCUCUCAAACCUGAUCUCUUGUUCCGGAUUGAACGAGGGGAACAACCAGGUGUGGGGGUUCAGCUGCUCUCUGGUGGCUUAGAGCGUCCGCCAGAUCCCUGCACAGGCUACGGAUUUUUCAAGCCCGAUGGUUUAUUCCGUAUCGAGCAAUGGGAGGAGCGCUACAUGGAGGCUCAGCAGAAACUGGAGGCGAGCAAGAUCCUUGGAAGUGCCUGCGUAGCAGAGCACGGGGGUGUGAACGCAGUCGAGCAAGAAGAGAACUCGGAGAGCUUUGCUGCAGACUUAGAGCUGUCGCCCGUGGUCUGUGACAGUUCCGACAGUUCGUUUCACAGUCGGCAGCUGGUAUCCAAGAGGCAGCAGAGAAACCAGACAAGGAUCAAGAUGGAAGAAUCAGCCGGCUUCAGCAAAUGUUCAGAUGCCGUCAUACGUCAGCUGGGGGCUGGGCCUUUCCAGUGUGCUGAGUGCGGGAAACGCUUCCGCCAGAAGCAGAGCCUCGUCACGCAUGAGAGGAUCCACACAGGAGAGAAGCCCUACAGGUGUCCAGACUGCGGGAAGAGCUUCAGCCAGAAGCCCAACCUCCUGACUCACCGGCGGAUCCACACCGGGGAGCGGCCCUUCUCCUGCACGCAGUGUGGGAAGAGCUUCAGCCAGAAGGCCAAUCUCAUUGCCCACCAGAGGACCCAUGUGGGGGAGAAGCCGCCGCAGUGGGGCGGGCUUGGGGGGAAGCCAAAGUCCCCAGCACACCAGGGAGACCAUGAGGAAAAGCGGCCGUUUGUAUGCCCUGAGUGCGGGAAGAGCUUCACGCAGAAACCCAACUUGGUGACUCACUACCGGACCCACACAGGCGAGCGACCCUUCAGUUGUGCCCAGUGCGGGAAGAGCUUCAACCAGAAGACCAACCUGGUGACUCACUACAGGACCCACACCGGGGAGCGGCCCUACGCCUGCCCCCAGUGCGGGAAGCGCUUCACCCAGAAGACCAACCUGGUGACUCACCAGAGCACCCACACGGAUGCGCGCCCGUACCCAUGCGGGGAGUGCCAGAAGUGCUUCAAGGACAAGGUGUCCCUGAAAGCGCACCAGAGAACCCACAGCCUGAGCCAGCCCAGACCCUGUGGGAAUCCAGAGCCAAUCCCACUCCACAGUCCCCCCGCUGUGCUGCUCCAGCCCUCAGGUGCUGAGCAGGAGAGCCAGCGUGACCCCACUCAGCCAGUGCUAGCCCAGAAGAUCCCCGGAAACCAGGCACUGUGCACGUGCACUGACUGUGGUAGCAGCUUCCCCCAGAAACAGCAUAUCCCACUGCCCCAGCAAACCCCCUCAGCAGAGCAGGCGUUCCUGUGCGUGCAGUGUGGGGAAGGCUGCCCACAGGCGACCCUUCUGAAGCCCCAGCCCGGCCAUGCCAUAGAGAGGCCCUGCGAGAGCGUCCAGUACGGGAGAGGCCUCAGCCUGAACCAACAUCUCCUCAGACACCUGGAGCCCUGCCUGGGCCCUGGCGAUGCGCCGCACGCAGCCCCCGGGGCAGAGCGGCCCUUCAUCUGUAACCAGUGUGGGAGCAGCUUUAGCUUUUGGCCGGCUCUCGUUGCCCAUCAGGGCAGCCACGCAGGAUGGCAGCCGUAUCCGCUUCCUGACCGCGGGAAAGGCCUCAGGCCCCGGCUGUCCCUGCCAGCCCAGCAGGAGGCGCAGGUGGGGCAGACAGCCUGGACGUGCCCUGAGUGCAGGCGGAGCUUCAGCCUGCACAGCCAGCUGGAAAAGCACCGGGAAAGCCACUGGGGCGACAGGCCCCAUCGCUGUGACGUGUGCGGGAAGAGCUUCGGCUUGAAAGCCAACCUGAUGACGCACCAGCGGCUCCACACAGGCGAGCGGCCCUUCGCCUGCAGCCAGUGCGGGCGGCGCUUCAACCAGAAGGGGAACCUGGUGACUCACUACCGGACCCACACGGGCGAGCGGCCUUUCACCUGCCCCCAGUGCGGCAAGAGCUUCAGCCAGAAACCCAACCUCCUCGCCCACCAGAGAACCCAUGUGGGGCGGCGGCCCUUUGCCUGCGCCCAGUGCCCCAAGCGCUUCAAAGGCAAGAUGUCCCUGAAGAUCCACCAGCGUGUCCACGUAGGGGAGAGACCUCCCGCAAGGCUGCCGAGCGUGGAUCUGAUGGAGGCCCACGCCGGGAAGAGGUGCUGUUCCCACUCACCAUGCGGGAAACCCUUCAAGGAGCACGUUGCCCUGCAGCUCCCCCAGCGAGUGCACGGUGGGGAGCGGCCAUACGCCUGCCCAGAGUGUGGGAAAUGCUUCCGGCAGAAGGUCACGCUGGUCACGCACCUCCGGACCCACACCGGGGAGCGGCCGUUCCAGUGCACCCAGUGCGGGAGGAGCUUCAGCCAGAAGCCCAACCUCCUCACGCACCAGCGGACUCACACCGGCGAGCGGCCCUUUGCCUGCACUGUGUGCGGGAAGGGCUUCAGCUGGAAGCCCAACCUGGUGACCCAUUACCGCACCCACACCGGGGAGCGGCCCUACAGCUGCACUGAGUGCGGGAAGACCUUCAGCCAGAAGCCCAAUCUCCUCACUCACCGCAGAACCCACUCCCAGCAGAGACCGUAUGCUUCCCCCAGUGCCACGCAAGCUUCCCCCAUGGGGACACCUUCACCCUGUGCCGCGGUGGGGACUGGCCCCACAUGUGCUUGGCCUGCAGAGGGUGCCUCAGCCACCGCGUCCCCCACGGCGGGGAGCUCCUGAAGCCAAGCAAGCAGAGACGUGGUGUCAAUACAGUAGGGGUGGCAGGAGCUUUGAAGAUCAGAGAGCUCUACGGGCACACCAGAGAGCAUCCGUCCCCUUGUGCAAGCUGGAGCGAGUAGAGCAUGUGCCUGAUUGGCGAGCUGUACGGUGACUGGAUCUGGGAACCUGGGGCUAACCCGUGCUGCUGCCGCACCCACGGCACCAGACACGGACCGGGGAACUUUACCGCCAGAAGCCAGAUCUGACUUCAUUCUGCACACACUGAACUUCAGAGAGGACACAGCUGCUGGCAGCGGGCAAGCCGGCUGAUCGAUCAGCACACACCGCUGCAGGGUGCAGAGAGUACUGCUGUGAGCAGAGCAAGGGGAGGGCACAGCAAGCUGGCAGGCCUGGGGCCCUGCAGCGAGAGUCCUGGGAAACCAAACCCUGAAAGACUCCCUGGACAGAACGGCCUGUGGAGCUCUACCCUCUCGCCUCCCUGGAGCUAAAUGUGGGGUGGGGGUGGCUCUUGGAAGCUCCGAUCCAAGCGGAGGCAGAGCCUGGCUAGCCUGGGCGUACGUUGUACCGAGGGUAUUGCUGGGUUCUGGAUCCCACCCAGAGCCAGCUGCAGGGCAGUGAAAGGCCACCUGGGACUGCCAGCUGCAGCCCCUGUAGACAGUAACAGUGUGUAUGUUGCUCCCCCCCUUCCCGUGUCUGCACUUCUUGAGGGGGAGGGGCAGGAGGCCCAGCCCCAGAGAAAGCCACGGUUGGUCUGAAAGCAGUGGGGGGGGGAGGUGCCCAUGCGGGAGAGCAGGAAGGAGAAGCUGGGUGCGGAUGCCCUGGUGGAGGAGGACUGUGUGCUGGGGCAGAGCUCAGCUCCAUGGGCCCGUCAAGGGGCAGCGGGGGGCAUGGGGAGCCCUGGUACCUGCUUAGCUGAGCCGCCAGCCUCGGCCAGGUGUGUAAUUAGCUCCAGGGCGGAGAACAGAGCCGUGAGCAGGUUGCAGUGUGAUACUCCCAGCUGUGCUGUGCCCGUCCCAGCAGGAGCGUGGCGACACCAUGACUGUCGUAUGUCCCAGACAGGAAAAAAAGAAAUACUAAUGGCAGGAGGACUCGGGGGGUGGGGAACACAGAGCCCAUGGCUGGGGGGACAUGGGGCACACAAAGCCCCUGGCAGAAUGGGGGGCACACAGAGCCUCUAGCAUGAGGCUGUGGGUUGAAGCAGGGAGCCCCUGUACUAGAGGGGGAAGGGAGGGUGGCACCCAGGGAGCGGGUGGGGAACGGAGGGAUGCAGGACCCCGGUGUGUGCUGAGUUUGGCCUGCAGCAGUGACAGUGUGUGUGGUGAGCCUCUCGUAAGUUCUCUCCCUUACCUGGAAACGCAGCCAGGGGUGCCCCAGGGUGUUACAGCUAAGGGGGUAUCGCCUGGGUAGAUCAGUCACUCAGCAAUGGACCCCGCUCCGACAGCCCUGCCCAGGGCUGUGCAUUCCCAGGCAGCAGUGGGCGUCUGGCUCUCAGGCCUCCCCAGGAUCCCUCGUGCUGGCGGCGAAGGCGCUGCCUGUCGGUGGAUUGCUGCCGUAGGGUGUUGGGGGGACUGAAGCUGCCUGCUGCAGAGGUGGGGAGGGGACAGCCUGGCCUGUGGGUGUGGCUGGGUGAACAGGUCGAAUGAUGAGGGGGAAGAAGCCAGGGCUGGUUGGGGACCCAAUCCUGUCUUCACUUAGUGACCGUGAGGUGGGGCCUGCGCUGCAACGUCUCUUCCCGGGCACCAGCCCCUGCUGUCACGAGCACAAGCUUCUGCUUUCCCCACGGGCUGGUGCAGGAGGGGGGGACAGGCUGAGGGAAAGGAGCCCGGUUCCCACCAGCCAUUGCCACACUUAGUCCUGUUGGGCAGUCCCAGCACGUGGGCAGAACGGGCCACUGGCUUGGCCUCCCGUGAGCCCCAGAGCUGAUCUGGGGCAGGGCCGGGAGAUGGGGCAGGCGCACAUGCGAAGCGUGCAGGGCUCUGCCAUAGCUGCUGACUGGUUCACCGGGACGUCGGGCUGCUAGGCCAGUGCCUUCCUCCCACGCUGACCUUACAUAGCUCCCAGGAGCGCCGGGGGGAGCUGGCUACAGAACCACGGGGGCUUCGCUACCUGACCGCGCGCUGUCUCAGUGCUGACGUCUCCCGAAGCUUUGGGGCCCCUCCCAGCACCAGCGGCUAGCGUGAGAGUGGGCACUUGGGUGGGGACCAACUAGUGUGUUGCUUCCUUUCGUUCUUGUCUAGCGUCCACAAGCCCCCCCGGCAUGCCAGCCAGGCACCGCUGUGCAGCAGGGUUCAUGGAGCGGGGUGCUCUGGAGGGGACCCUGCCUCAGGCGGUGAGGAGUGAAAGGCUGUACACUCCACGAACCGGACUGGGCUGCUUCCACCCUACGGUACAGAGAGCCGUGCGCACCCUGUCCCUGCAGCCACCUCCCCGCCUCCCUCGCUCGUGGGCACGGAGCCGCUUCGUUCCCAGCCACUGAGUCGCACCAGUGAGGACCACGUCCUGCUCUGGGUGGUGGUUCGCGCUGGGCGUGACAUGGAUUUGUGCCUUCAGAGGAAGUUCUUCGGGGCAGGCACUCUUCCUGCGCCAGGGCUCUUGGUGUCACGCUAAUACCCACGAUAACUGUGCAUGUAUGCACUUGGCGUGGAGACUCGCUAGGUUACGGCUGUGGGACUGGGCAUUUCAGCCCCCCGUGGUUGGUAAUCUAGGACUGCCGUGUCCCAUGACGGGCCCUGAUGUGCUGCCAUUGUCUGCCACUGGGCCAGGUGUGUUGUUUCCAGUGUGCCAUGGAGCUGCUGGACUGGGACUGGCACGUCAGUUCCUUGGGGGUCAGCACCCUGAGGUAGGCUGGCAGAGCCUGGAGGACCGGUAAGGACUGUGCAUUGCUCGUGGAUCAGGCUCCUGGCUUAGAACGCACCAGCCUAGGCAGCCAGCUGGAUGGGACUGCCAGGGGCAGGAGGCUGCCGGAUGGCACAGUUGCUUAGCAUGGUUGGGGACCGUUUCUCUAGCAUGAAGCCAAACCUGCUGCAUACCCACAGCCCUCUCAUCACCAACCAUCUCCUGCUGCUGCUGUGUAUUCACGGCGUGUCCCUGGUGGGAAAUGCCCAUGUCACCAUCCUUGCUAAGCCAGCCCUGUGCUCGCACCGUCUUUCAGAGCCUGGGGAGUCCCCCCCGGGUAUGUUCAUGUACAAUAAAAGCUUUGGGGCAGCAGGUGA